GUUCAAAACGGCCACGGCCAAGUGUCGUAAUGACCUCACAGAAUUACACAAGCGACGCUAUAGAGUCGAGGGUUACACCAGGUGCAGGCAUUGGUGUAUUCUCCAAACGUCAACUCGAAGCAGAUGAGAAGCUAUACCAGACAAACGAUGAAUACUUUAGCGUAAUUUACAGAAGAUAUUGGAAGGAAGUAUGCGCUUCUUGUUACAACUACGAUAGAGGAAUAGACUGGAAAGUGAAAGAGAAUAACAUAGGGCUUGCCUUCUGUACAGAGGACUGCCGGAAUACUUUUAUGAGUAAACUUGAUGAUGAUAUGCGAGUAUUUCUCGCUAAAGUCGAAGAGUACGCAAGGAAACGCAAGCAGGUCAGGGAAAUACCUGACCUGGAAGACGAUAUCAUUCCGGAUAAAAGAAUUAUAGAAGAAUCCUGGAAUGAUUCUCAACAUACUCUAUUGGAUAUCGUUGACGUAAUUAACUCUGAGAAAAUUAAUAAACGUCAGCGGAAAUUCAUAAAUGAAAUCCAAGCCGCUGGUUUGCAAGCGUAUGAUGAAGAUAGUGAGGCAGAUAUAGAUAGUAUCAAGAAUCUAACCAGUUAUAUAUUGACAAAUAUUCAAUCGCCGUCUACAGUUGCACAAACGCUCGAGUUAAGUACUACACUAGAGCCUUAUACGCUCAGUAGAAUGUUAGAUCAACAGGUCAAUCACUAUUUGGCGAUAGUUACCCUCUUGCCACCAUCAUUGUCGAGAUUUGCAUUAGCUGCGCCAUCGAUUGCAAAAAUACUGGCUGUUGAUCGUUCGAACAGUUUUGGUAUAUGGAGCGGAAGCUCAGAUAAAGCCUCCGCACAAUCAGAAGAGCGCAGUGAACUACUAGGUUCAAUGCUCGUGCCUUCUCUCUCACGUUUCAAUCACUCUUGCUCUCCUACAGUCUCAAAGUCGCGUUAUAGAAAAACAUGGACAUUCUCUACAACUAACACCGUAAACAAGGAUUCUGAACUUUUCAUCACUUAUCUAGGUGGUGAUGAAAGUAUGUUGAAGGUGGAGGACCGCCGUCAGCGUUUAAUGAAUGGAUGGGGAUUUGUUUGUGAAUGCUCAAAGUGCACUAAAGAAUCAAACAAAUCGGAUUAAUGUACUGCAAUUAAUUUAUUACUUGUAAUCAUUUCACUCAUGGGAUAAAAUUUCAUCAACUAGAUAUUCUCUGAUUGCACUCGAGUUAUUGUUGUGGGCGUAAGCUUCUUCAAUAUCCCAUUCAAGGAAUCUCCUAGUGAUAUCCUGAGCAACUAACAGCUCGUCUGUAGGGUCCUCAUCGAGUGUAUCUGUAGCUACUUCAUCUAGUGUGUUCGAUAAGUAAAGUUGUCUGCACGUCAUUAAAUAUUCUUCAUUGAGAUCAUCAAAUCAUUACCUACGAUAUGUGUCUGGCUUUAUCGACAAUAUCAAUAGGUAUGUUGUUUGACAAUGCACAGUCAAAUGCUCCAGAGUCUUCGCUGAGUUCCAAUUCCAACCUGGCUCUUUGAUCAGAGGGCACAACACUAGAUAUAUUUAUCUCACUUAUGCAGGUGCGUUAAUGUUGUAUUGCCUUCGUCAUUCUUGCUUAUUUUUACACGCAUAUGUGUAAUAACUACCGAUGCAGCCAGUUUGAUAUAAGAAUUUUCCCAUAGAUCUUGAUGAAUUCUAAUUAAGUGCACUUAUAAUUUAAUAUCCUCACCAUUGAAAUGUGUAGUAGCAAUUAUGAAUGGACAAUUUUCACCUCUUCUCAUCAAGUAAUUGAUACUUGCUGCAAAUAUACCAGCGCCAUCUAUUUUGAGUGUAAAAUUGCUAGACAGAAUAGAUGCAGACAAACCAGAAGGCAGGGUACCCUUUCCAAACUCGUCCCACAAAACGAGUGAACGGCCAGUGGCAUUACGCAUCGCGUGUGUGACCUGAGCCAAGUCGAUCAUGAAAGCUGACUGCAUCUGGAGGGGUUUUUAGAUAAUCCUCACUGCUUCUAGAUGUUUACUUUUGAUGAUGAUUCUCUGCACAUUACACGUGUGAACACUACCAUAUGAAAACACUAGUUUGUAGGACACUAACCCGCUUACAUUUAUCAAUGAUGCCAAUCGUUGCAGACUCAGCUGGAACAUAACUAAAAUGUCAGCUAAAUAGCCAGAACUUGAUGUAACAUACCACCCAAUUUGAGCCAGUAUCACAAUCAAACCUACUUGUUUGAGGUACACACUCUUACCACUGCCAUUAGCACCUGUGAUUAUCAUCGUAGAGUGAGCGAUAUCCUGCAUCUUAUUCUGAACGACAUUAGACAAAGUUCCGCUGCGCUGUUUAUUCGGCGUCAUCGGGACUACUGCACUGAAAGGCGUUAUUUUUCUACUUUCAAUAAUAUCGAUAUCAUCGUCGAUUUUAACCCUCAUCUCGAGGGAUUUCUUGAGAUGGGUGUCAUUCUGUACGAAAGUCCUCACACAGAGCUCCUGGAGAGGAUGCCGACCAUUCGAUAUGCGUAUCAUAGGAUUGUCCGUCAUGAGUGGCUUGCUGAACCCAUGUACUUCGCUAACGCGUGUCAUAGCAAGUAAUCUAUGGAGGUUGAGACGAAAAUACAUUGAUAGUGAAGUUUACAAACACAUCUAAUUCGGAAAUAUUCUCCGCCAUUAUUGACAACUCAUUAGAGUAACCAAGGACAUGCUGCGUAAGCUCGUAUAUAAUUUCUGUUUCCCGGUCUGCGAUAAGUGUUGCCAUAUCACCCAGAUGGUAGUCUAUGCAUCGACUGUCAUGGAAAUCUUCCACAAUGUGCUCUUAUUCACCUAAUUCGCGCAUCCUGUCUGACUUGAAAUAAAGCGUCUGCGGGAAUUUGGUUACGAACGCAGGUCAAAUCAUUGCAGACUGUACCAUUUCUGUCAUGAACUACAUACUAAGGUCACGAACCAAAGGGUUGAUACCAUCUUACCUGAUAUUCCCAGGCGAUUUCAGCACCUAUCAUGUCCCUGUCUUCAAUAUUCUCAUACCCAUUAUUAACAAUAUCAAGAGCUAUUAAAUACCCGAUUUGAGGGAAAUAUACGACAUUAAUCUCGUUUGCUAUAUUCGACGGUGUUUCUUCGUGUAUUUCUUGAGCUACUUGCACUAAGAAACUGUCUAGUUCAUUAAAUUGCUGGCGAAGAUUGUCUUAAUUAUCAGUCAGUUAACAAGUGAUAGAGGACCUUUGCUCACCAAGCUCAUCAUCCAAUCCAGUGGUAAUUAUCAGUCGGUGUUCCG